AUGCCAAACCUUGACGGAUGGUUCUUUCAUUUUGUGGAGUGGCUGUACUCCCUGCCAGAGCCGCCCAAGAGGGAGAGGAAGAAGCCCAUGGAGGUGAUUUGCAUUGGGAUGCCGCGGAGUGGCACUGAGUCGCUGCAGCAUGCCUUGAUCAAACUAGGCUACGAUCAUACGUAUCACGGCUGGGACAUCAACUUUGAGAGUCCCAAUUACUCGCAGCAAUGGGUUCGCCUGUAUGACCGAUGGUGUGAUGGGUGGUUUCCGCCCAUGGGUGGUGAGGUAGACCUCACUGCCGCCGACUUUGACGCUGUAAUGGGCCCCAAGGAGCGACUAUUGGAGUGGAGCGUCGAAGAUGGAUGGGAGCCCCUGUGCGAGUUUCUGGGCAAGCCAGUUCCGGAUGAGCCGUUUCCACAUGAGAAUGCUGCUGUGGGCUGGGCAGGACAGGAGAUGAAGUUGGGCAAGAGAUAUAUCAUGGGUGCGGUGAGAAACUUGGCGGUAUUGGGAGCUGUGGGAACUGGAAUUUGGGCUGUUCUGUACUACAGAUUUUAUGCUUGA